ACACCUUGGAAAGCCCAGCUCGUCGAAACUUACAGUGUAAAGCGAAGGAGCAAGUGAUGAGCUCACUAAACGAGUUGUUCAAGCAAUUGGAAGUGGACUCUGCGAAUGAUCAACACGAGGAGGUUUUGGAAACAGCCUCGGAGAUCUUGAAGACGAACCCACAUGACAAGAGAGCAUUGAAGCUGGUGGUUGUGUCUCUGAUCAACCUGGACCGCUAUUUGAAGGCGUUGAAGGUGCUGAAGACGACACAGGCGCCGGUGGAUGAGCUGCUGCUGGAAAGACUGUACGUCUAUUACAAGUUGAACCUGGACAGAGAGCUGGCGGAGGAAUUCGAACGUUUGUCUGAUGAGGUUUUGACGAAGAAUAAGGGCCUGGUGCAUCUGAAGGCGCAAUUCCUGUAUCGAACCGGGUCGUAUGUCGAGGCCUUGGAGCUCUACGCAUCUCUGAUCGGCUCAACGUCCCAGGACGACCCGGAGAUGCUGGAUUUGAGCGUUAAUGAGCGUGCAGUGCUGGCUGAUGGGUUCCAGUCUGGCAUCUUCAACAGAUUUGUAUCCAGAUCUCCGGUCUCUCCAACGUCUCCAGAGUCCUAUGACCUGCUAUUCAACGAGUCAGUGAUUCAGCUGGGCCUGGGAAACUUGAACAAGUCGUUGAGCCUAUUGGACAGUGCGCUGGCCAAGUGUAAAGAGGCCAACACUGAUCCCCAGGAGCAAUUCGAAGAGACUUUGCCAAUUAUCUUACAAAAGGCGUACAUCUUGAACCUUCAAGGCAAAAAGUCAGAUGCCAGCGUCAUCCUGGAUGGCAUUUCCCAGUCCUCGAUAUCCGAUGAGUUGACGAAACUGACCUUCAUCAACAACUCCAUAGCGUCCAAGAUUGGCGAGGACUCAAACUGGCUUCUAACAUUGAAAGAGCUCGGAUUCCCUAAUUCCAUUAACCAGUUGAGUGGAAGACUAUCCAUCGUACAGAAGGCCCAGAUCUGGAAAAACUACUGGAAACUGGCUUCCAGAGUUGGACAAAGAGUCAACUCUAACAUCUCAGUGGUUAGAGACACCGAUUACACACUGCAAGCUAUUGCAUCACUGGUCAAAGCCGGUGUUAUCAUCGACAAGGACACUCCACAAGAACAGGCAAAGAGAAUGACCAAAUAUGCCUUGGCUUCUGGUGACUUGGGUGCAUCUUUACUGGCUGCUCAGUUGAACUCUGACGUUGGUAAAGGUGAAGUUGCAUUGGCUGUGCUGAAUAACCUGAAACUGGAGCGGAAACUGCUUCCUGGAGUCUCAAGCAUCAUUCUUCAGCUAUGUGAGAAGACUGGCAGUGAGAAGAAGAAGCUGGCAACGUUCAAGGAGAUUGUCGAGUAUUACUCAGAUGCUUCAAGACUUGACAAUGUCAAAGUGUACGACUUUUUGAAAGUUACAGCUCUACAAUUCGUCACGGUGGAGCCAGAACUGUCUAAAAAGUUGCUGGUGACUCUGAACAACUUCCACAAGGAUGACCUGAUCUCUAUAUCACUUGGUGAAGCCAGUGCGGGCCUAUUGGAGCCUGUCGAACACUUGACACAAGGACUUGACUUGGAGGAUCUUAUACAAAGUGCCACUGCUGAUCUGAACAAGAUCAGUAAGAACAAACCAACCAAUUUCAAAGUGUUCAAGACCCGUAAGAGACCAAUGAGAAGACCACCAAAGAACUUGGACACGGCCAAACACCCAGACCCAGAGAGAUGGCUCAAGUUGAGUGAUAGAUCCACUUAUAAGCCAAAGGCUAUAAAGGGCAAAAAGAACGCCACACAGGGUGGUACAGCAGACAACACCACUGAGGAGUCCAUCUCCAAGAGCUCGAGACCGAGCCCAGCUCCUCAAAGGAAGAGCAAGAAGAAAGGUCGUAAGUGAUGUGCUUACAAGUGAUGUGCUUACAAGUGCGCUCCUCGUGUGUAUAACGCACUCUCUUCUUUCUAAUGUUCAGUUUCUUUGUAUUGAUAAUACUCUAUUUACAGAUUAG